AUGCGAAGAACGGUGCUUUCUUCAGAGAUCUCGAAACGCUUGACCUUGAAGCUAAAGGCUCUAGCGCAGCAGAGCCGCUGGAAGGAAGCACUUCAACUCCUCCGUGCCUCUCCAUCUGCAAACCUCUUCUCCCACAACGCGGCGAUCAGCGCCUGUCAGAGGGCUCAUCGCUGGGAGGCGAGCCUGCAGUUGUUUCACGAACUGGCAGAGAUUCGGUCCCAGGUGGAUUUGUUCAGUUAUAACAGCACCUUGAGCUCUUUGUCAUUUUCCUGGCAGAGGUCGUUGGACUUCUUCCACAGGCUCUUGCUGGGCAGGGUUCUGCCGGAUGUGGUGACCUUUAGCGCUGUGAUGAGUUCUGUCCAAAGGGCGAGCUAUUGGCAGAGAUCACUGGAGCUUUUUCAGCAGAUGCUGCAUGCGUCGGUGGUGCCCAACAUCUACAGCUACAGCGGAGUCAUCUCUGCAUGUCAGAAGGGUUCGCAGUGGCCAGCCGCCCUCGACUUGCUGUUUUCAAGGAUGGUGCAAGCGGAAGUCAUUCCAAACGUGGUGUGCUACAGUGCAGCGAUGAGCUGUUUUGAGCCUACUGGUGACUGGCAACAGGCACUGAGCUUGCUUCAAGCGAUGCUCUCCGCACGAGUGCAGCCAAAUGCUGUGAGCUUCAGCGCCCUCAUUAGCUCCUGCGAGAAAUCGGCUCAGUGGCUCAUGGCGCUCCAGGUGUUCCAACAGUCUCCGCAGCCAGACGUGUAUGUCUACAGCGGCACCAUCAGUUCGGUGGAGAAGACUGGACACUGGCGCUGGGCCCUGCAUUUCUUCAGCUUGAUGAUUGCCCGUGGAGUGGUACCUAACGAAGUGAGCUUCAGUGCAGCAAUCAGUGCAUGCGAGAAAGGGAAUCAAUGGCGAGGAGCCUUGCAGUUGCUGGAACUCAUGCGUGAGUUCAAAACAUGCGACGGGCGCGAGCUUUUCGGCUCCAUUGUGCCUGGCCUGCCCAUGUCUCAUAGAAGUGAGCUACUGCAUGCCCUCGUGAAGAAGAAGCCCGAGUUGGUCCCACGCCUUCUGGAGAUUUGUGACGCAGAGACGGUCGAGACGGGGUCGCCUCAACUUCUGACCGUCCCUGGGCGAGGACGGACGGAGGCUGCCAUUGCCGCUUGCGGGCGGGUGUCCCAAUGGCAAGUGGCUGCCGAGCUGAUCGAGAUGCCAAGGAUUCAGCCGAACGUCUUCAGCUGCAGUGCAGCUAUCAGUGCCUGUACAAGGGGUACAGGCUGGGAGUAUGGAUUGCACCUCUUCAACGAUAUGCCCUCCAAGCAAGUUCAACGCAACGAGAUCAGCUACAACUCGACCAUCAGCUGUUUGGACAAAGGGCAGCAGUGGGAGCAUGCUUUGCAAGUGUUCAAUUCGAUGGCAGAAGGCCACAUCCAGCCGACCACCAGCAGCUGCAACGCGGCAAUGAGCGCGCUGGGCCGCGGGCGCCAGUGGCCCAAGGCAUUACAGCUCUUCCACGGCAUGCCAGAUCUGGGGAUCUUGCCGGAUGUGAUCAGCUUCAAUACCUGCAUGAAUUUAUACAAGUUUCUUCCAGCAAUGUGGCGAGAUGCUUUGAAGUUCUUCAACGCCAUGCCACGCGCAACCGUUCUUCCAAAUGUGGUCACUUUCAGCACGCUGAUGAGCAUUUUUGAGAAGAGUUGGCAGUGGCCGCUGGCCCUACAGCUUUUUGACCUCAUGGGCCAGUGCAAGAUAUCUCCCAACGCCAUCACCUUCACCUCUGCCAUCAGUGCGAUGGGACGCCCAUCGCGCCAUGACCAUGCUCAGCUGCCGCGCUGGCCCUGGGCUCUUCACCUGUGGUCUGAGAUGCCGCGGCUUCAGGUCCGACCCAAUGUGUUCAGCUUCACGGCACUCCUCGGUGCCAUGGAAGGGAGUCUGCAAUGGCGCUGGGCUGGACAGCUGUUCGACAUGCAGGGCCUUGCCCCAGACCUGGUGAGUUACAACGCUGCCAUAAACCUAUGUGCCAUGUCCGGCUGCUGGCCACCUGGACAUGGUUUCGAGGGCGGACGAGUCAAGUGA